AAUUCAGUCUCCCUGGAUGACAGAAACCCGGGAAACAGCCUUAACCCUUCGCUCUGUUGCUGAGAAAAGGAGAACACUUGAGGAAAACAUCAAAAAUGGCGAUGAGCUCUCUCUUAUCAGUUUCUGGGUUUCUCUCUUCCCCAAGUAGAGAUGUAACUCAAGUAACAGGAUGGAGAAGCAAUUUGCAGAAGUCGUUCUAUGGAAGAUUCAUUGACAGUAAAAGCUUUAUAAGAACAGAAUUUAGUCGCAGCUCUAGAGGCUGCUCUGUGGUUGCUUCAGUGCUUGGACGAAGGGUCCAGAAAACCGAAAGUGUCAUCCCUGACCCAGAUUAUCGAAUUCCGAUUGUUCUGCUUGGUUUAGCUGGAGGAUUAGUCUACACAGACAAUCUAGUAGCAGCUACACCAAUUGGUCUCCUUGGGUUGCUUCUAUUGUUCCAGACGACAAGAGUGAGAUUUGUGUUCGACAACGAGGCCCUGGAAGUGAAAGUUGGAGAGCAGCUCGUGGAGUCUGGUGAAAAUGUCUUUGUUGGUGGGAAAAACCGCUGGAAAUUUUCAUCAUUUGUGAAUUGGGAGCUCUGGUGGCCAAAUUUUCCAAUCUUAGUGUAUUUUAAGGAAACACAAACAAAGCCUGAAGGACAAGUGCACUUCUUCCCAGUAAUCUUUAAUGGGAAACAACUUUACGAUGUUAUGGUGGAACGAGCUGGUCCUUCAAAGACGAGUGGGCCCAAGCAGUCUUAAAAGCUUGAGUUUCAUCGUGUGAACCAUCCAACCUUGUCAUCUUAGAUCUUACCUACUAAGAUUAAGGUCAAAUAUCCUUGGAUUUCAGGUCUUAGUUCAUGCUGCACUUGGUUGUCCAGAAAUAUAGCAUUUCUUGAGGAUAACAAUGAGGGUGGAGGGGGAGAGAGGGGGGGGGGAUUCUAAUGGGAAACUGAUUAUGGGGCUGGAGUGUUCUAGUGUUUUCAAUGAAAACCUAGAUGCCCAAACACAGCAUUAGGAACAUUUCUAUGUUUUCCCUAGAAAUAAUCAAAUUAGACGAGACUAGCAUCAGAGAGAUCUUCUGUUGAAUGCAAUCACUACUUUGGUGAAGUUGAUUGAAUACAUAUUAUAGACACCAUACGUACUAUGAAUUCAAAGAUUUUCCUUCUUCUA